GGAAGGGCCGAGGGAAGGUAGUGACACGUGUCAAUCAACCCCCCUCCGGGGGGCGCGCGCUCCGGGGCUCGCGCCGAGGGCUCGCGCCCCUGCCUCGUGCCUGCGCCGCUCGUAUGUAAAUGAGGGCGCGUGACGCGGGACGCAGAUGGACAAGGGAAGGGAGAGAAUGGCCGCUGCCGCCGCUGCCGCUGCCGCUGCCGCCGCUCAGUGCCGGAGCCCUCGGUGCGCGGCGGAGAGGAGAGGAUUCCGGCGGGAACUCGACUCCUGGCGCCACCGCCUCAUGCACUGUGUAGGUUUUGAGAGUAUUUUAGAAGGGCUUUAUGGACCACGGCUACGAAGAGACCUCAGUUUAUUUGAAGACUGUGAACCAGAAGAGCUGACUGACUGGUCUAUGGAUGAAAAAUGUUCAUUUUGUAACCUACAGAGAGAAGCAGUCAGUGAUUGUAUACCAUCCCUUGAUUCUUCACAGUCAACGCCAACAGAGGAUCUGUCAUCUCAGGGCCAGUCCAACACUGAUAAGAUUGAAUGCCAAGCAGAAAAUUACCUAAAUGCGCUCUUUCGAAAGAAAGAUCUUCCUCAGAACUGUGAUCCUAACAUUCCCCUAGUUGCUCAGGAAUUAAUGAAAAAGAUGAUACGUCAGUUUGCAAUUGAAUACAUUUCAAAAAGUGGUAAAAUUCAAGAAAACAGAAAUGGUUCAAUUGGACCAAGUCUCAUAUGUAAAAGUAUCCAAAUGAAUCAAGCAGAAAACUCGCUUCAGGAAGAACAGGAAGGCCCCUUAGACCUCACUGUGAAUCGAAUGCAAGAACAGAAUACUCAGCAAGGGGAUGGAGUGUUAGAUCUCUCUACAAAGAAAGCCAACAUAAAAUCUGAAGAGUCAUCCAGAUGUGAUCCUCCUUCUGGAAAUUCAGUGGCUGGUUCAACUGUUGAUGCAAAAUCAGACGAAGCUACUAAAAUGGAAAAAGGAAAAUCAACAUUAAGCACAGUUUUGGAAUCUCUGUGCAUACAUCACCAGCAACGAGUUUUGGCUAUGUUGAGAUUUCUAGUCCAAGAGCAGAAUGCUGCUUCUCUUUGCUGUUGUAAUCCAUCAUGUGCUAUGUCUUCAGACUCUCAAAAGCCCCUAUUGGAAGAUGCUGUACAUGGUCUCUUCUGUAGCUGUGAAUAUAGACUGGCAGAAGGAGGGUGUUUACAAAAUGAAAGACAAAGCCCUGGUUUAGUGCCUCUGCCAGUCUGUAUUAAAGAAUUACAUUGUGUGUCUUGCCAAACUGUAACUAUUAAGACAGUAAUGAAUAGAGGUAUUGAAAACAGUCAUAAUUCACACAGGUGCUGUUCUAGACGGUUAACAAACAUUCACUCCACAAAAUCAGCCUUUCAUAGUCCUCUUCUGUCAAGAGAAGUUUGUGAUCUUUCAGUCAGUCUUAAGGAUGUCUGUAGAUCUCGAAGUCCCUCACCCCCACCAUUAUCACCUGUACAAACUGAAGGAUUUGAAAAACUGAAAGACAUCAUCUCAGAGCUUUCAGCCUUAGAAAACAGCAAACUUGAGACAAUCACUAAUCAGCCUCCAUCUCUAACACCAGCAGAGAUGAGCGUUAACAAGGGCGAUCAUGACAGCAAAAUGCAUAAAACUAAGAAGUCCAAUAAUGCCGAAUCUGUCCUCUUUGAUGCUAACAGUAAUUAUACUUCAAAUCAUGAAAAAUGUGAAACAGCUCUCAUUUUUCAAGAUUUAAUGGAGCGUAUUAAUGAGAAAUUAAAAUCAAUAGAAACCACAGAUACGUCAAACCUCAUAAAAUUAUCUAGCAGUGAUUGCAAUACAGAUAAUGAUUUUAAGUUGGGAGAUUUAAUAACAUCUCUCUUGCACAAUGCAAAGGCCAGUGAUUAUAGUUUUACGGAACUGCUGAGUGAACAUGAUACAAAUGUAGAAAAUAAAAUUCAAACAAGGUUUCGAAAACGUCAACAAACCUUCCUUGCAAUGCACAGCUCUCCUGACUCACCUAUGAUUAGAAGGCAGUCUUUACAGAUCAAAAGAGAACUUGCCAGUCUUGAUGAAAAUUUUCUAAGAAAAAAGUACAAUGGAAAAAAUUCAAGAAAAUUGGCACGCAGUGAUGGGAUAUUUUCGUUGGACAAAGAAGAAUUCCACCAUUGUCAAGAGCCCUUACAAAAUUCUAAAAACCUUCGAGAUAAAAGUCAUGCAGAACCAUUUUCGUCAAGUGAUGCAGCACAGUCAUGGCAGGUGCCCUUCCCUGGUGUAGAAGCUAACACCAGCAGACACAGUGUGGCUUUUGAUCAAUUCUCAGAAAGCUUGAAAUCACCUUCAUCUGAAAAAAUGAGCCAAAGAAAAUCACAGGAGAAAUUAACAGCUGAAAAACAGACUUUACAGAAUAAGAGGGAGCAUCUAAAACUAGAAAAUACUAAAACGCCUUUGGAAAGUGAUGGUCCUGGACUUCUGAACAGAACUAAACGAAAUAUUGUGCCUCCGGGGUGGUAUUCUAUAUACGUAACAAAUAAUUUUGUUUUCAAAAAAUCCCUUGAGGACAAAAGAAUAGAAUUCAUCCAAAAAAAAGACCCAGUGAAAAAUAAUCCACUUGAAAGUUCCCAAAAUAUAGACUUAAGCAAAAUUGCAAGGAAUUCUAACUUGCAAGUUGUCGUGGAGCGUUUGGAAGACACAAUAAACAUGGCUCAAAAGCCUUGGAAUAAUCAAGCGUUAUCUGAAGAAUAUAAAGCACCCAAGAAAGCAAUAGAAACUGAUGGUAAAGGCCGAAACACUGGGCGAAAUUUGACUUUUACUUUCAGUCGAAAGGCAUGUAAAGAACAGGGUUUAUCAGAAUCUGUGACAGCAUCCAGCAGUGUCAGAAGUCACGGAAUGCCUGCCAUGGAUUUGAAUACCAAGAGACUUGAUAAUCCAAAAAGGGCACCUGUUUCACAGAGAGGCACUUUGAUACCCAGUUUUGAAAGGAAACAAACAAAAUGUGAAGGUACUAAAAACACUCCUACAUCUAACUAUUCUAGUCCUAUCAAACUCAUGUUUUUAUCUGAGAUUAAAAGCAGUGAAGGAAUCAAAUAUACUUUAACUUCAGUCCGUACUUCACAAUCAGAUGCUGAUUUUUCUUCUCAAAAACAUACAGCUCGUCAGGUAAUUGAAAGAAAAACAGAAACAAAAGAAGACAUCUCCAACACUAGCUUUGAAAACUAUAAUUCUAAUAAUCAUAAAACUGACUAUCUUCAAAGAGAAAUAAAGAGAAUUAGUUGUGUAAAGGAAACUGCAGAAUCCUCUGUAGUGUUUGCAGAUAAUUUAAAUGUUGAUAAGCUGCAAGCAGACCCUAAGGAAAAGAUAAGUGGUGCGGCUGCUGAUUCAUUUAAAAGGAAACCUGGCAGACCCAAAAAGAUAGGUCCCCAAGUUGUGAAGCAGAUUAAACGACCCAUUGGCAGACCACCAAAACUUAAAACCAGUCAAACAGAUUUCACUGUUUGCCAAAAUGAGUCCUUCAGUGUUGGAAAGAAAAGUUCAGAAUCUCUCGUAUCAGAAGUGAAAGAAGGCAUUUGCAAAAAGAGUAUAAUAGUCACUGUUAUAUAUGGAAGGUCAAGAAGAACUAAAAGGCAUGUUUCUGAGGGAAGUAUAGACAUCAGCAGUGUUUCAUCACUGAAGAAUAAUGUUACUGACUUUCCAAUUGACUCUCAUCGUUUCAGAAAUAUUAAAGAGCUUGAGAUUGACUGUGGUGGAAGUGUAAGCGCUGGGUCAAGACUGACUGCUGAAAGUGAGGUCUUGGGUUCUGGCUUUGAAUACAUUAGACCUAUCAAGGGCAAGUCUGUGAUCCCUCAGCCUUCCAAGAAUGUUGCUCGACCAAUUCACAAGCCUUUGUCAAUAAUUAGGAGGCCUGGUAGGCCUGCAAAAGUGAAGAUCUCUGGUAUAUCUGUGACUGUUAGUAGAAUUUCACCUCAGGAAAGAGAAAUUAGCAUUAGCAGCUCCUUACCUCCUUUAGAACAGGAGAGUGUCUUAGAGAAAACUCAGCUGGAAGAAAAGUUUGACCAACAGUGUAGUGAGAUGGAUAAAACAAGACAUACUGAGAUUGACAGAUUUAAGAAUGGAUCAAAAAGUAUUAGUGCUGUACAUCAGAGACAUUCAGUUCGGGCUAGGAAACCACCCUUGCAUUUCUUACAUUCAUUAGCAUCUUCUAGCUCAUUUAUUUACAGAAAUUCUCUGGUUCAUAAAUCAUGUCAACUCCAUUUGCAGAAAGGCAAAAGUCCAAAGGAAAAACAUAGGAAGUCAAGUUUAAAACUAGCUUUCAAAGAUAGCCCAGGAACUAGACGUUCAAGGAAUGCCAAAAAAUGUCUGGAAGAUAACAAAUUAAUACCCAUUUCUGAAGUAUCCUUGGACCCUAUUUCAUCAAACCCUUUGCACAGGUGGUGGGCUACUUCUACUUCAAGUGAUUCCUUAUUAGAGGAAUUGAACAAUAGAUUUGAGCAAAUAACAAAUGCGUGGGUGCAAGUAAGUGGGGAUGAAGCUCAGAAUUUUGCUCGUAAAGCAGAAUAUGUUGAAAGUGAUCAUUUCAAAAUAGCAAGCCCUUUGGAAACCUGUUUUUUAGAACUUGAAGUUUCACCUGUAAAAAUGCUUUUUCAGAAAAAAUAUAAUCUGAAUGAACUCUGUACUUGGUUUAUGCAAACAACAGAAACACAGUCUCUUUCACUAGUUAGAAAAGCAAAUGCUCGAAACCCUUUGGAAGUGAUAAAUACCAAGGGCAUUAAGUUAGGGAUGAAAUACUGUGAUUUUAAUACCAGCCCCUUCAGGAAGCACUUUAAAAAAUUCGCACUCUCUUCUCCUUCAAAGUCAGCUGGGAGGUUGCAUAUACUACAUAAGAUGGUUGACUCACCACUCCUAAAUGUGAAAAGUAAUUUCACACUAGCUAGAUUGAAAAGGACUGAGUUUAAGAGGUUGCACCUUAAAAGAUGGAAAAGGGAGAGAAAGCCGCACAGCCAUGGAACGGUUGAUUGGAACUCUAAGAGAAGGAAUUUAAGAUUUUUCUGCCAGAAUACAUUUUUAAAUAAGACUGAGAGGGAGACAGAUGCUGACACACCAUUCCAUGGAAAAAUCACAGUAGGUAACCAGUGGACUUUGCCCCCUAGAACAAGGAAUGACUUAAUAGAAAAGAGGAUGGCAGUGCCAGACCUCAAAACACAUGCUGGUUUAGAGAGUAAAUUCAAGUCAGAAGCUAAGGUGAGUGGAACAGAUUGUGGCCAAAUAGAUUUUGAAAAGGGACAAACACUAGGAAAUGUAUGUCCCAGUGAUUGGAGGUCAAAAACCUUAAAAGACUGUAGAAUAUUUUUGAGGAAGAUCAAUUGUCUUGAACACAGAGAUACUUUUAAGCUAAAUACAAUCAUUUACUCUCCUGAAUCUAUUGACAGUGGAAAUAAUCAUCAGGCACAACCAGAAGAAUCAAAGCAUUUUAAUUUAAGGUCCUAUUCUGCCAGGAAAAAUUAUUUUAAAGAGCAAAGUAAAGAAAGAGAAAAUGCUAAAGCAAAUAGUCCUUCAAGUGACAAGCUGACUAGCAAGCUUGGCAGUAGUAAUUUAGGUAAAUGUGUUAACUUUGACAAAAAUCCUUCGGAUAAUUCUGAAGCUCUUAGCAAAUUGAACAAAAGAAAAAGACCAGCAUGGAAGACCACAGAAAUAUCAACAAAAAGACAUAAACAACAGUCUUGCAACAAUGGACAAAUGGCAAACUAUUUUACAAAAUCUCAAUUAGGGUGCUACAAAUAAAAACUGAUGAGAAAGUGGAUUUGUCUGAUGGGAAUACAGCAAGCUGCCCUUUGAACCCCAUUAAGAUGUGCCUUAAUCAUCCUAUUGAAUGGAAUCUGAAUUUAACAGCAGCAUCUCUAGCAAGCUGUACAGUUCAUAA